AUGGCUCUUCCCCAGCUCAUUCCCUCAUCUUCUUCUUCUCUACACCAUAAACCCACCUUCAAUCCCAAUCCCAUCCCCUCCCCCUUAAACCCUAACCCUAAUUUCCUCUCUCCCCGUCUUCGCCGCAGCCACCACCACCGCCGUCAAAGACCGGGUUCUCUGAAAUGCUCGGCCUCGUCCUUCUCUGAGAGGCACCCCACCAAUCAGCCCAAGUCAGACGACGUCGUCGAGCUCCCGCUCUUUCCUCUGCCUCUGGUGCUCUUCCCCGGCGCAAUCUUGCCCCUACAGAUCUUCGAGUUCCGGUACCGUAUGAUGAUGCACUCUCUCCUCCAGACCGAUCUCCGCUUCGGCGUCAUCUACAGCGAUGCCGUUUCGGGCACCGCCGACGUCGGCUGCGUCGGCGAGAUCGUCAAGCACGAGCGCCUCGUGGACGACCGCUUCUUCCUCAUCUGCAAAGGCCAAGAGCGUUUCCGAGUCACCGACCUCGUGCGCACCAAACCCUACCUGGUGGCGGAGGUGAAGUGGCUCGAAGACCGCCCGUCGAACGACGGCGAAGAAGACCUGGAGGCAUUGGCGAACGAGGUGGAGUCGUACAUGAAGGACGUGAUUCGGUUGUCGAACCGGUUGGGAGGGAAGCCGGAGAAGGAUGUGCAGGACCUGAGGAGGAACCUGUUUCCGACACCGUUUUCGUUCUUCGUCGGGAGCACGUUCGAAGGGGCGCCGAGAGAGCAGCAGGCCUUGCUGGAAUUGGAGGACACGGCGGCGAGGUUGAAGAGGGAGAAGGAGACUCUGAGGAACACGCUUAAUUACUUGACGGCGGCUUCGGCCGUCAAAGACGUCUUCCCGUCGACGUGA